CGUUAACCGACAGAGCCCCAGCACGCCCGGCCUCGGUCUAUUUAUUAUAAGAUUAUAUAUAUCAUUCUCUAUCUCUUUUUUAUUAAUGACUCUGUCCUAUCUACUACUAUUUAUGGAAGAACACUCGGGGCGCUUGUGUCGCAGGACCUGGCUUCGCUGAAACAUUUCGACCCUGCCGCUCUUUGUUGUCCUUGACUUUGCCUCGAAGGACGCUCAGACGCCUAUGCAGCUUGAACCGGAGCUGCUGACAGCUGAAAUUGCGAUGCCCUCUGCUCGUGAAUUCGCCCUCCUGAUUUGAAAUCCUUUGUCGUUCUUUCUUCUCAUUCCUCGUUCGCUCUUUCUAUUGUUCUCGAAGGCAUUAUUCAUGCUUCCAACACAGCGGCUUGGUAAGGCGGGGAGAGAGAGCAAGAACGCAAAAAUGCCUGCAAGAAAAGAAGACGGACUGCUGGAGGAUCCUGCCUUUGAGCAGCAUGCGGUCAAUAUCGAGGAUAUUGCCGAGGAGAGACGCGCCUUCUGCCCCCCUACCCUCGGGACUGUGGCGGAGCGUGCACGGCGUAAUCUAAACGCCAAACUUGCCAAUCCUCUCGCUGGCUAUUCCAAUGAAGAGCUACGGAGACAAGGCUAUGACUUCGUGGCUACCAAUCUCGUGGGUGAUGGCGCAGAGGAUGUGCGCGCCUUUGAAUUGGGCGCUGUGCUGGCCCAGGCACCAGAGAAGUUUGAUCGUGUCCAGGCCUUGACGCCAGAGGAGCGUGAGAUUCUGAGAGAUGAAUUUACCAAUCGGUGGUCUCAGCCCAUCUUAAUGUACGUGGUCAUCAUGCUCUGCUCUCUCUCGGCAGCUGUCCAAGGAAUGGGUAAGUCGGUUGACUUGCUAUUUAUGAAGAAGACAGAAGGGGAAAGCUAAACAUGCCAUGUUUAGAUGAAAGCGUCGUCAACGGUGCCCAAGAACUCUACAAAAUCCAGUUCGGUAUCUCCACCGAAGAAGGAAAAGGAGGUUCUAGAUCCAGCUGGCUCGUUGGACUCGUGAACUCGGCCCCGUACAUAUGCUGCGCCUUCAUCGGCUGCUGGCUGACUGUCCCAUUCAAUCACUGGUUUGGCCGUCGAGGGACCAUCUUCCUCACCUGUUGCUUCUCUGCAAUCACCUGUUUCUGGCAAGGAUUCGUCAACUCCUGGUGGCACAUGUUCGUUGCCCGUUUCAUGCUGGGUUUCGGAAUCGGCCCAAAGUCGGCGACUGUCCCCAUCUAUGCUGCUGAAACCGCGCCUCCGGCCAUUCGAGGUGCCUUGGUCCUGCAGUGGCAGAUGUGGACGGCGUUUGGGAUCAUGUUCGGCUAUGCCGCGGACCUUGCCUUCUACAAGGUCGAGGACCUGACGGGCAUUGUUGGUCUCAACUGGCGCCUCAUGAUGGGCUCCGCUAUGUUUCCCGCCGUCGUGGUCUGUUGCUUUGUCUUCUACUGCCCGGAGUCUCCCCGUUGGUAUAUGAGUAAGAAACAGUACAACAAGGCGUACCGGUCCAUGUGCAGUCUACGCCGGCAUAAGAUCCAGGCUGCGCGAGAUCUCUACUACAUGUACACCCUUUUGGAGGCGGAAAAGGGCAUGACACUGGGACAGAGUAAAUUGUUGGAACUGGUUACUGUUCCUCGUAACCGCCGCGCGAUGAUUGCGAGUGAGAUAGUCAUGUUCAUGCAGCAGUUCUGCGGCGUCAACGUCCUCGCGUAUUAUUCGUCCGGGAUAUUCCUCAGGUCAGGCCAGUCCGGAUCGACUGAAGACUACUCUGAAUUCGCCGGGGCGCUGGCCUGCUCUCUCGGUUUCGGGGUGAUCAACUGGCUCUUCGCCAUCCCAGCCAUCUACACGAUCGAUACCUUCGGUCGCCGCAAUCUCCUCCUGACUACCUUCCCACUCAUGUCCGUGACCAUGCUCUUCACGGGCUUCAGUUUCUGGAUCGCCGAAAACAGCGCCGCCCGCAAAGCCUGCGUCAUACUCGGUAUCUACCUAUUCGGCGUCGUAUACUCACCCGGCGAAGGACCCGUCCCGUACACCUACUCAGCCGAAGCGUACCCGCUCUACGUCCGUUCAUACGGCAUGGCCCUAGCCACGGCCACGACGUGGUUCUUCAACGCCCUCCUCGCCAUCACUUGGCCGUCGAUGGAAAACGCUUUCAAACCCCAGGGUGGCUUGGGGUGGUACGCUGCCUGGAAUGUGGUCGGCUGGUGGCUUGUCUUGCUCUUCAUGCCGGAAACGAAGGGCAAGACGCUCGAGGAACUCGAUCAGGUCUUCUCCGUGCCUUCUUGGUUCCAUGCUCAGUACGGAUUACGGCAGAUUCCCUACUUCGUUCGUCGGUAUAUCUUGUGGCAGGACGUGGAGCCGGAAAUCUUGUAUGAGAGGGAAGAGGUGUGGCCGGGUGCGAACGAUGUUGGGUUUAAUGAAGCAUGAAUUCACCGACUUGUUUUCAAGUUUUUCGUUUAUUUUAUUUCAUAUAUAUAGAUGUAUCAUACAAUUACGAUUGAGCGUUUCUGGUUGUGUUCAGUGACACCUCUCAGGAAGCAAUGUGUAUGGCUAUCGCCAGCACUCUGAAUCAUCAAUCUAUUCAUUUUAAUCAAGUCUAUCCAGUCU